GUUGCGCUCGCGGAGCGUCAGCGGGAAUUUCCAGUCAGGAAGUGCGGCGGGCCCGGGGACAGGGGCGGGCGGGCGGCCGCGGGGGCGGAGGCUUCGCAGGCGGCGGCCGCGCAGGCCGGUGCCGCUCGGCUGCCCUCGCCAGCGGGCCCGCGGAGGGGCGGGCGCGGGGGAAAGUCCGCACGGAGCCAGGGCGCGGGCGGCGCCGGCGGCGUCACGCCGGUUACAUGGCGCGGCGCUGAGGGACGCGCGGCCGGGCCCCGCGAGCGGCAGGCGACGACGACGACGACGACGAGGACGAGGCGCCGCCAGCCCUGCCCUGCCCUGCCCUGCGCAGCCCCGGGACUUAAAAUGGCAGGAGAAGAUUCCUAUAUUAUGGGAGUGUCUGAUCCCCAAAUGUUUGCAAUGGAUCAGUUCAUGGGAAUGAAUGCAAUAUUUAAUAACACAAGUUACAUCACUUCAGACUUACCACUACGAACAGCAGACGGACCAUAUCUUCAAAUCAUAGAACAGCCUAAACAGAGGGGUUUUCGUUUCCGAUACGUCUGUGAAGGGCCUUCACAUGGUGGACUUCCUGGUGCUUCUAGUGAAAAGAACAAGAAGUCAUACCCGCAGGUCAAAAUCUGCAAUUAUGUUGGACCUGCAAAAGUAAUUGUCCAGUUAGUUACUAAUGGGAAAUAUGUCCACUUGCACGCUCACAGCCUGGUGGGUAAAUUUUGUGAAGAUGGAGUAUGCACGGUUAAUGCAGGACCUAAGGAUAUGGUUGUAGGGUUUGCGAACCUCGGAAUACUUCAUGUCACAAAGAAGAAAGUGUUUGAAACUCUGGAAGCGCGCAUGAUAGAUGCUUGCAAAAAAGGCUACAACCCUGGACUCCUGGUGCACCCUGAACUUGGCUAUUUGCAGGCAGAAGGAUGUGGAGACAGACAGCUGACUGAGCCAGAAAGAGAAAUCAUUCGUCAGGCAGCCAUACAGCAGACUAAAGAAAUGGAUCUCAGUGUGGUGCGUCUUAUGUUUACAGCCUUUCUCCCUGACAGUAAUGGUAGUUUCACCCGGAAACUCGAUCCUGUUAUAUCAGAUGCAAUAUAUGACAGCAAAGCUCCCAAUGCUUCCAACUUAAAAAUUGUAAGAAUGGACAGAACGGCAGGGUGUGUAACAGGCGGGGAAGAGAUUUACCUUCUCUGUGACAAGGUUCAGAAAGAUGAUAUUCAAAUACGUUUCUAUGAAGAGGAUGAGAAUGGUGGUAUGUGGGAAGGCUUCGGAGACUUUUCUCCUACAGAUGUACAUAGACAGUUUGCUAUUGUGUUCAAAACACCCAAGUACAGAGAUGUCAAUAUCACAAAGCCAGCGUCUGUAUUUGUACAACUACGGCGGAAAUCUGAUCUCGAAACGAGUGAACCAAAGCCUUUUCUCUACUACCCAGAAAUCAAAGAUAAAGAAGAAGUGCAAAGGAAACGCCAGAAGCUCAUGCCGAACUUCUCUGAUGGCUACGGUGGAGGUGGUGGCGCAGGAGGCGGUGGCAUGUACGGAGGUGGCGGUGGCGGUGCUAGCUCCGGGUUCAGUUAUCCUUCCUAUGGAUACUCUGCGUUUGGAGGGAUGCAUUUCCACCCUGGCACAACAAAGUCCAAUGCUGGAAUGAAACAUGGACUGUCAAAUAGCACCGCUGAACAAGAUGAGGAGAGCUCUGAUACACGCAGUGACAAGUGGGACAUGAAACAUGAGGUGAAAGUGGAAACUGUAGAGAAGAGUGACUGCAGAACCUCUGGUGAUAAUGAGGAGGAAGAGGAGGAGGAGGAUGGUACUUCAUCCUUUAAAGCUAAAGUAAAUGAAGCAGAUUACAGGUUGCAGGACGGUCUGUUCCUGGAGAAGGCCAUGCAGCUUGCCAAGCGUCAUGCCAAUGCUCUCUUCGAUUACGCUGUAACCGGAGAUGUGAAGAUGCUGUUGGCUGUUCAGCGCCAUCUCACUGCUGUGCAGGACGAUAACGGAGACAACGUCCUUCAUUUAGCAAUCAUCCACCUUCAUACUGAGCUGGUGAAAAACCUCUUAGAAGUGGUGCCAGAUUUGAAUUGUAAUGACGUUAUCAACAUGAGGAAUGACCUCUAUCAGACCCCCUUGCACUUGGCAGUCAUCACAAAGCAGGCCGAGGUGGUAGAAGACUUGCUUACGGCUGGAGCAGAUGUCAGCCUUCUGGAUCGACAUGGUAAUUCUGUCUUACAUUUAGCUGCUACUGAAGGAGACGACAAGAUUUUGAGUCUACUCCUUAAGCAUAAGAAGAUAUCUCCGAUGGUCGACCUUUCCAAUGGUGAAGGUCUCAAUGCAGUUCAUAUGGUGGUGAUGGCAAAUAGCGUGUCCUGUCUCAGACAGCUGAUUGCUGCUGGAGUUAACAUCAAUGCUCAGGAACAGAAAUCUGGACGAACUGCAUUGCAUUUGGCUGUUGAACAAGAGAACAUCCCUUUGGCAGGCUGCCUUUUGCUUGAGGGUGAUGCAGAUGUGGACAGCACUACAUAUGAUGGAACAACUCCUCUUCACAUAGCAGCUGGAAGGGGCUCUACAAAACUGGCAGCACUUCUCAAAGCAGCAGGUGCAAAUCCUCAUAUUGAGAAUUUUGAGCCAUUGUUUGAUCUAGAGGAUGUAAAAGAUGACGAUGAAGGAAUUGUGCCUGGAACGACACCACUGGAUAUGGCAGCCAACUGCGAGGUGUAUGACAUAUUAAAUGGCAAGCCCUAUGAGUCAGCAGUGGUUUCCGAGGACUUACUGACACAAGGACAUAUGAGAGCGCUGAAUGAACGCUCCAAGAUGCAGCUUUACAAACUGUUAGAAGCACCUGAUCCAGACAAAAACUGGUCUACCCUAGCACAAAAACUGGGUCUUGGCAUACUUAACAACGCCUUCAGGUUGAGCCCUUCCCCAUCGAAAACUCUGCUAGAUAACUACGAGGUUUCCGGUGGUACAAUUCAAGAGCUGAUCGCUGCUUUGAGACAAAUGGGUUACACAGAAGCCAUUGAAGUCAUUCAGAAAGCACUACCCAUCUCACAAAGCCAGUCUCGCCAGGAGGACAGUACAGUAGAAGCUCUUCCCUCAGCAUCACCACCCUCCUCCACAAAGGGACAGACAGGUGAACUUUAUAAUAGCAAAUAUCAAGACAAUGAAAGCAUGUGCGAUAGUGGUGUGGAGACCUCCUUCCGCAAACUGAGCUUUACUUAUUCCGAGUCUCUGAACAGCAAGUCAUCAAUAACACUUAACAAAAUGACCCUGGGCUAUGGACACGAAAGUUCAGUGCAAAGUAAAAUAUAGCUAGUUAGCAAAAUGCAACUGCAGGAACAAACAUGACAUUUAGCAUGUCUGUCACCCUGUUCAGAGGAAAGUAAAUUCACAACCAAAACCGCACUGGAGGAACCACAUGCACACCUGAACCAAUUGCAACUUCAGCAUGUGACUUGUAGCCAUUGCUUCCUUCCUCGAGUACAUUUAGCUUUGUUCAUUUACAAACCAAACCAUAUACAAUAACCAGGGCUAUACAGCCACAUUAGUACACAGGACUGGACACUGUGAAGGACUGACUGAGCUCUUCUGGUUUGUGAGGAUUUUCGUUUUUAGAUGAAAGUCACUCCUUGUUAAUGCAUAAUACCAACUCACUUAAAAAGAGGUAAGGCACACAGAGCAAUCAAAGGAUACAGCUUCUAGCUUAUCCGUUCACAACUUCUGCAACACAGUUCUAUGAAAAAAGCUCAUAAAAUAGCUGGCAAAGAAAAAUCUUGACUUUAAUCACAACAAUGACUACUCUGAAACAGAAAAGACAAUCUUAAAAAGAGAAUCUUGUAUAUUUCAAUUAAUGUAUUUAAACUUAACUUUGGUGCCUCUUAUUCAAAUUUUUUUCAAAGUUUAGCAUUUUCCUAUUUGUAAAUAGUUUUUUAUAUCAGUUUCUUUAAAAAAAAAGUGUGCUUUUUAAAUGCUUAUUUUUAUUUUACUUUUAUAAUAAAAAUCCAAAACAAAA